UGCGGAACCACGCGCCCACAGCGGAGCCGCCGCCCAAUCCCCUGCUUCGGGUCUGCGCUCAGCUCUGCGAGCGAUGGCGACGGAGCAGCCGUCGGAGAAGAACAACCCGCCGCCGGAGAAGAAGGCCCCGCUCCCGAAGGUGGUCACGCUCAGCAAGGCCCUCAAGCUGGCCCAGACAUGGGUGGACAAAAUGAGUGCAGCGGAGCCUGAUGAACUCAACGAUAAGGAUUUUGAGGGUCGUCCGUCUGGGCUUGGUCUUGGUGCUAAAGUGGCACCUAAUCUAAAGCGUGCAGCGCCCACUGAUCCGGUUGAGAGGAGGUUGCUCGGGAAGGUGAAUGCUCAGAAGAGAAGAUCUGCGGAGGAGGAGAAUAAAAACGCUCAGGCGGUGAAUGAGUCUAGUGAUGAUGAUAGUGGUGAGCCCCAAGGCAGAACCAGUGCCUUUAGCAAGAAGAGGGCAAUGCCUUCUGUUACUUCCAUGCCAUUAGGGAAGAAGGCGAAGUGAGAAAUUGCGUGCAUGGACCAUAUGAAUAUUAUAUCACCAUGUACUUACACCCUUUAAUGUGUCUUUGCUAUGUUAGAGGAUAGCUAUACUGGAUAAUGUUAACUGAUAAUUCGAUUUCUGAAAUUCCUGUGUUGUCCUUCUGGUGUUGAAUGAAUGUGCUAUUCUAGUUGGAAUUUCUGCUCCAACUAUCGCAACUUCC